UACGGGAAUCCAUAUUCUAAACCCUAUCUGUAUUUGCGUGUCUGGGUGCGUGCGAGAAAUCGAGAGAGAGAGGAACCGAGCGACAAGUAGAGGCGACAGGUAGAGGAAUGGCUUCGUUCUCGGAAGCUCCGCCCGGCGAUCCGAAGGCCGGAGAGAAGAUCUUCAAAACGAAGUGCGCUCAGUGCCACACGGUAGAGAAAGGAGCCGGACACAAACAAGGUCCUAAUCUGAAUGGCCUGUUUGGGAGACAGUCUGGUACUACUGCUGGAUACUCAUACUCUACUGCUAACAAAAACAUGGCUGUGAUAUGGGAGGAGUCAACUUUGUAUGAUUACUUGCUCAAUCCCAAAAAGUACAUUCCCGGCACAAAGAUGGUUUUCCCUGGUCUGAAGAAACCCCAAGAGCGAGCAGAUCUUAUCGCCUAUCUCAAGGAGUCUACGGCUCCUUGAUUUCUUGGAAGCAAAGCAGUGCAUGCAUAUAGAUUGACCAUGAUUUUUUAUAAUAAAGAUCUCAAUAAAAUUAAUUAGAGGCCCCAUUCUUUAUAAAACUGGUGCGGCUUGAACUUCAUUCUACUAUUUUGACUUCAUGCUAUAUUGUUGUCAUAAUUCAUUUUCAAUGUACUUCAAUUUUGAGUUUGGAA